CAUCUCCUGCGCACACGUGAUCACAUUUGAACUAAUCAGCAGGCAGUAUUGUGUAGCCGACAGCUGCUGGACUGCAAUGGCGGAGACAAUGAAGUUGAGUGGAAAUCAAGCUCCUCCUAAUGAAUUUAGCAAAAUGUCCAGCUACAGGGACUGCGUGUGUACAAUACUGAAGCAUUUGUCCGACUUCGGGAAAGAGCUCAAAUUAGGUGAUGCUGCUCUAAGAAUAACAGUCAACAUCAAUGCUGUGGAUCUUCCCUCAUCUCCGGAUGCUCACGUGUACAGCUGUUUGCAGGAGCAUAUCACUAAAUUACAGGUUGUUUCAGAAAGCUUAAAGACACUGGUUGAUGCUCAUGGUGCUACAUCAUCUACAAAAGACAACACAUCAGACGAUGCUGCCACCUCAUCGCCACUCAGAGAGCAGACGACUGCGCUACCUGAGCAACAUCCUUCCAGCCCAGAGGAUGCAGAAAGUAAGACGGCGGCUGAUGACGUCAUGGUUCAGAUCAGAGCCAGGAAGUCAGAGAUUGAGCGAAGAAUAUCUGCAUUUAUGGAACGCAAGCAGAUGGAGAUCAAUGAAAACAAUGUACGGGAGUUUUGCAACGUGAUCGACUGCAAUCAGGAAAACAGCUGUGCCAGAACAGAUGCAGUUUUCACUCCUUAUCCAGGUUUUAAAAGCCACGUGAAAGUUACACGGGUGGUAAACAUUUAUGGGCCCCAGACUCGUGGUGGGGGAGGCCCAGGAGAAGCAGGGGAUCAGCAGAGGGGGCCGAUGGCAAGAGACUGCGGAAAUGCGGCCAUAGAAGAACGACUCCACAAUAUUGAGACUCACCUGAAACUCCCAGCAGCGGGCCCAGUUCCAUUGAGUGUCUACCAGAGACUAAAGAAGCUGGAGGAUCGUAUUCUGGAGUUGGAGGGACUCUCACCGGAGUACUUUCAGUCCUCGAGUCCUCUGCACAAGCGACCAAGGACAUCCCCUACUCAGGCCUGCAGUCUGACGGAGCUGGAUGAGAAGAUCAGUGCAGUGAAAGCAACAUUACUGAAGAGGGUGAAUGAAUUUGGGCCUGGAUAUGGAACAGAGUGUCCACUAUAACAUCCCCACACACCAACACUCAUUGUGUCUAUUUUUGUGUGUAUUAUAUGAGCUUCAUUUCACGUCCAGAAAAACUGUAUUCUUCUCAACAAUUUUGUAGUUAUGAGAUAAUGUUCUGUAAAUAAAAAUAUUUUUCUUCCAU